GAGCUAAAAAAGCUAGCAAGCCUGCCAAGCACAUUGCACAGUCCAAGUUCCGCAACCCAGCAUGGCUUCGGGAGACCUUUACGAGGUGGACAGAAUAGUAGACAAGCGGAAAAACAAAAAGGGGAAGUGGGAGUUCCUGAUCCGGUGGAAGGGCUACGGCAGCAACGAGGACACCUGGGAGCCGGAGCACCACCUCCAGCACUGCGAGGAGUUCAUCCACCAGUUCAACGCCCUGCACCUCCACAAGGACCGCCGGCCCCGGCAGGGCAAGCACGGCGGGGGGCCUCGCCUCCUCAGCCGAACGGCGCCCGGCGAGGCGGUCAGGGGCCGAGGGGAGCCGCGCAAGAGGAAAAAACCUGGCGCCUCCGGCCCGGCCGGCGGGCAGAAGCAGAAGAGGCUUGGGGCUGGCGGCAGGCCGGCCGCGGACAGGGUGACCAAAGCCAUGACCUACAGGAGCACGCCCGGCGGGCUGCAGUUUGUGUCCGUCAGGAAGCCGCACAACGGAAUACAGAACGGGGACCUGGACGCCCCUGCUUUCGGGAACGCCGCCGGAGCGCACAAAAUCCCAACCGACACUGUGGACCGAGUGUUGGAGCUCAACGUCAGCGAGACACCCAUCGUCAACGAAUUAGGAUCUACACUUUCGAAUGGUGGAAUUACUUUGCAUAGUUCUGUGAAGCGAAAACUGGUGGAAGAUAAGGGCUAUGUGUUUGACAAGAGGCUGAGGUACAGCGUCCGGCAGAACGAGAGCAACUGCCGCUUUCGGGACAUUGUGGUGAGGAAAGAAGACGGCUUCACGCACGUGCUACUAUCAAGCCAAACGUCUGACAACAAUGCACUCACUCCUGAGAUAAUGAAGGAGGUGAGCAGGGCACUGGGAAACGCAGCAGCAGAUGACAGCAAGCUGCUGCUCCUCAGUGCAGUGGGCAGCUACUUCUGUAGCGGGGUGGAUCCCUCCUACCUUAUAGGCCGGCUGUCCACGGACCGGCGGAAAGAGAGCAGCCGGAUUGCUGAGGCCAUACGGGACUUUGUGAAGGCGUUCAUUCACUUCAAGAAGCCCAUCGUGGUGGCGAUCAAUGGGCCGGCCCUCGGCCUGGGAGCCUCCAUCCUUCCACUGUGUGACAUAGUGUGGGCCAGCGAGAAGGCCUGGUUCCAGACCCCGUCAGCCUCCAUCCGCCUGACCCCGGCUGGCUGCUCGUCCUACACCUUUCCUCAGAUCCUGGGCGUGGCUUUGGCAAACGAGAUGCUGCUCUGCGGGAGGAAACUCACUGCCCAGGAGGCCUGCAGUCGGGGUUUAGUGUCCCAGGUCUUCUGGCCAACCACCUUCAGCCAGGAAGUGAUGUUACGAGUGAAGGAAAUGGCAAACUGCAGCGCUGUGGUUCUGGAGGAGUCCAAGUCCCUGGUGCGUAGCUUCCUGAAGUCUAUCCUGGAGGAGGUGAACGAGAGGGAGUGUCAGAUGCUGAAACAGAUGUGGAGCUCAACCAAAUUCCUGGAGUCUCUUUUCACCUACCUACAGGAAAAGGUCUAUGAUGUCUGAAUUCCAUUUGUCACCCAAAACAGCAGGGUCAUAUCUCUACAGCCCAAGUCAGGAACCUCUGGCAACCUGCAGAACACAUUCGAGAAGAUCUGAACAUGGCCUCCCACUUGUGCAAAUUACUGUGGCAAUAUUGGCAGGCGCACCCAACCGCCUGCCUCAGUGAGUGGUGUCUCCCCCUUAUGGCAGGGAGAGGAUGUACAGCAAAUGGAUGACGGGAGCUUGGGGCGGGACGUUCUGGGUGAGAGACGCUCCACCACCAAGGAAUAGCGCGAGAGCCCAUUUGAUACCAUGAUUACACCUGCUGACAUUUCCAUAGCUGGACACUCCAGCCCGGUGGUGUCCAUUCACUGCAUUCCA